AUGCAUGAUCUCAAUAAAGUCCUCAAACUUCUAUCAGGCUACUUAAUAAAGGAUGAUUCUAGUAAAUAUUAUUUCAGCCAUAGUUCUGUAAGAGAUUGGUUGCAAGACGAAGAGUCAGAUUUCUUUUGCGAUGUACUCAACGGGCACUCCAUUAUGGCAAACUAUAACUUGAAAACUCUUAAAGUUAAGUAUCCUUCACCCGGCGAUUUUUUUGAAAAUGUAUGUUUUCGUCCGAAACUGCCAUAUCCUACUGCUCUUCUAGACCUCAAAUUCUUUUCUUUGCGUUAUCUCUUUCAUUCCAGUGAGAGCGGGAGUUCAAACGUGAAUGUUCUGAUAUCUGAAUUAGGUAUUAAAGCAAUCGACCUUCUUCAUGCCGCAUUUCACCAUAGUGGUGACGCUUGGGAUCGUUUCAUUUGUUCCGAGUAUAUGGCAAUGAAAGUUCUCGAUGAAACUGAUGUCUUGAAUAAAAUGACCAUACAGGAAAAAGCUGAACAUCUUGAGCUGGCUCUUUCGUUGCGUUAUGCAAGAAUUACUGCCAAGUUGUUUGAUAGCCGCGCAUACUGGAUUUUUAGUCGUAUGGCCAUCAUUUCUUGA